ACAUCCAGCGACGCCAACGCCAACGCAUCGAUCGGCAGCUCCAGAGCUCCGGUUUCAUCCACCAGGGCAAGCGAGACAUCUUAAGCCGGCCGAUCAUCACCAACGACGACGCGCGGCCAUGGCGUAUUCGCCAUCGUCUGCACCAACUAGCCCGCUCCCGCGGCAGCUGCUGCGGUAUGUGUCGUCCGGCCUGGUCGCCGCCCUCCACCGCCCAGCUCCAACCAUCAGCUUGCCGGGCGCGCCGCGGGGAGUUGACGCGGCUGCGGCGGCGUCCCAGCGGCUCCGGGUGAUCGUGAGCAGAGCCGCUCCUUCCCCGAAAGGGCGCCCCGCCGCGCCGAGGCAAGGCAGCUGCGGGCAUGUCCAUGCCGCUCCGGCGAUGGCGACGAUAGCAGCGCGCGUGGUUACGCCUAUGCGACGGCCCACGCCGCCUGGUCCCCCGGCACAGGGCAGCGGCGGAAAAGUUCAUGCCGUGUCACCGGCGGCGACGGCGACUCUGCUUAUGCGAGGACCAGCUCCGCCAAGCCGGCCUGCGGAAGGAAGCGGCGGAAAAGUUCAUGCCGUGUCGCCGGCGGCGACGGCGCGUGUGCUUAUGCGAGGGCCCGCGCCGCCUGGUUCCCCGGCAGAAGGCGCCGGCGGCCGUGGUGGGAUCAUCAAUGCUAUUCCUUCUUGAUUCUCGAGUUGUACAGUACUUGUAGUACUAUUGGAAAGAUUGAGGCCGCUACUUUUUCUUUCAUUUUUGAAUGAAGCUUGAAAGUUCAGACUGAACUGUCUGAACCUGAUGUAAGUGACAGUAAACGAACUAUAAUUUUCAGUAAUAUAAUAGUUACUAUACAUGCCUUGCAUGUUGAGCAUUUUGUU